AUGCUCGCCGAUCAGCAAGACUCACUAGCAAGCGAACUUACUUGCGCUGUGUGUCAAGAUCUGUAUAAAGAGCCUGUCUCUUUCAUACCCUGUUUACAUACCUUCUGUAGUCAGUGUUCUCGUAACCUGAAAGAUUCUAUUUACGAUGUGUUAACGUGUCCGAUCUGUCGAGAAGAAGUGCAGUAUUCGCGCAAAAACUUUAUGAUCGAAAAUAUUCUGGCGUUGUAUAAAAAGAUGGAACCAAGAACCACAUCAUCCAGUGUCAAGACGGCCAAGGAAGAUUCGGACUGGGAAGUCAUAGCAACUUGUACAAAUGGAAUAGCCAGCAUGAGUACCACAGAAGAUACAAAUCCACACAUCCACGAUUGCACCAGAGCAGGCUCUCCAUCACCGUCGAUUGACUUCGAUCAUUCAGAUACCACGACCAGCGCCGCUACCAACACCGACAACUAUAUUUCAAAUACCAUUCGCUGCGUAGGUUGUGCAGCAUACAUGUGCGUCAAUCACGAUACCGGAAGGGUCGCUUUAAACCAAAUAUGCCAUCUUUGUGGGGUCGUCUCGUGCAAUUUGACGUCUGAAUGUCCUGAUCCGAGCCCUCAGAACAAGUUAUACUCUCUGAAAAACUUGACAAAAGACGAAAUUCCACAAUUUCUUCGGGAAGUCGAUUGUAUCGAAGCACCCGAGGAAGGUCAUCUCAAUUCAAGUGAAAUUGGCUAUCUUGAGAUCUAUUUGGCAAUGCAUGACAUUACCUGGCAAGACAGCUGGCAAGUCUGCCUCGAUAACUAUGAUACCCAGGCUUACGUAUGCACGGCAGCGACGCGUAUGAUACCCUGGGUGAAGUCUGUGUUUGAUACCUUUGUCGUUAGGCAGCCGAAUGCUAUGGAAAUCAUCAAUGCCGAUAGCUCACUGCGAUAUACCAACGUUUCCGAUUAUCUGACGGCUUGUUACACCUGCACAGCAACCUUUGUCAAUGGACAGUACUUUGGAUUUUGGCGUUCGGUCCUUCCCAGUGAUCUACCCUCCUUUAUCAAUGAACGCGAGUAUUGUCGUUGGGGAAAAGAGUGCGCUACGCAAUGGAAUAUUGAAUCUCAUGCCGAAAGACUGAAUCAUUUACAUGAAAAACAAUGA